AUGGCUCGAACGACUCUUAUUGUUUUGGCUUUGACUAAGUCUGACAGUCACGAGGGCGCUGGUCUUGAAUUUGAAAAGUGGGACGAUGCCAGCCUCAUCGGAAGUUCUAUUUACUCGUUUGCAGGAGGUCUGGAGGCUAGUAGCCGAAGCAUCUUUGUCAAUGGGUUAAAUUCGUUCCAAACAUCAGCGCAGUACUAUGUUCCACAGCGUGGUGCACAACAUGUUACACAGAACGGCGUGCAGAUAGGGACGCGAAAUGUCGUACCAAAUGAUGUACCCAGAGGCGCGUCGAAUGUUCCACCAGCACCUUCGGCGCCUCCAGAACAGCGUGCUGGACUCUCAAGCCAUGUUGCUCGCGAACGGCAAUAUGGCAAUAUGAUUGCGAACAGAGCCAUCAAUGGUAAGCGGGGUCCAGGCCGUCAACCCAGUCCACCACCAGCACACAGUGCAGCACAUGCCUCACGCCUACGAGACGAGCCUGCGACUGGUGACUAUGACCUAUCCGUUGCUUGGAGAACACUUAGGAUGAGAUGCCUACGAGUGGAGCGAGGAUCUCGCAACACCCACCCAUUACAGAAGCUGCAAGAGAUUGGAGUCCUGACCAAGACAUACUUGCUGCAACCGAGUGAUGACGAAAGCAAGAUCCUCAUUUGGGGAACCCCAGAUCAGGUAGCAGAAGCGAAAAAGGCGCUUGCGCGAUUCGAAAAUGAGCUUGAGGCAGCACCCAAGGGUCCCCAUGCCCAGUGGUUCAAGGCUGGUGCACUUGAUGGUCGAGCAGAACAUCGCCAGGAGAUUCAAGCAACCAAAAAGCUGGUUGAGGAGGCGCUGAAGAAGGCCAAUAUGAAGUACCCAAUCGAAGCUGCUCUCCUAUGGCCCAAGGAGCUGGAUAUCACCGAGUUCAGUAAUGACAAUGCUGAAGCAUUCGAUGAUAUGCGCAGACAAUACUACUGCAAAAUCGAUUUCCGUCAAGAUGAGAAAGGUCCGCCAUGGAUGAAGGUAUCCGUGGAGCAGCGAAAUCACCUCGCCAAGAUCAUUUCCAGAACAACAAAUAUUGUCAAAGAACAUGUUGCGAAGAGAGACAAGGUGGUCAAAGUCAGUCUUAUUCACUACCCAGACUUCUCAAUCUAUCGGCAAGAGGUGGGACUGCUUGACCAGGAUCCAAACACCAGAUCACAUUUGCCAACCAUGCAUGGUGAGCCCGGCUCGGACGAGGAAGAAUGGUUGCAAAUGCGGAAAACAAAGCAUUUAGCCAAUCGACGAAGAAUCAAAACCAUUAUCAAUCAAGCCCUCAAAUCCCUUGCUAUAUCUCAAAGACAUGUUCGAAUGAGGGUUGCUUUCGGAGAACUUGGUUUCGUUCAAUUCCAGAAGCCAUCUGAGGGGCGCCAGUCGUAUCGAUUCGAGGAGUUCUACAAUAUGGUUACUGAAGGCAGAACAAAAUUCUCUCUCAACAGCCUGCCCGUUCGUCAAGGCGAGAUUAAGGAUCUUGCAGAUGUCUUGUCCUCGAUGGACGCGUUCAAGAAUCCGAGUGUAUCAUACGGAGCCUUCUUUGAUUUCGCAGGUUCUUCUAGCCAAUCGAUUGUUCGCCUUGAAUGCGUUUUCGGAACGUAUGGCGGCGAGGAGGAACAGUUCGAUAUCCGAGAGCAACGCUGGAUCGAGGUGAACGAAAUGGUUGGGAAGCUUCAACUCUCGCUUUUCAACUUCGAACGCCCAGACUACCAGUUCACCAUUGAUGCAUUCCCGCUGUACGAAAACAAACGCAUCAACAAAGAGCAGGCUAUCUUCCAGAAUAACGUCUCCUUCAAACCUCCAUCGGACGGCAUCAAAUCCCCGCCUCGUCUACGCGUCAAAUUCCCACCCACUUCAAAUAAUCUCAGAUCUAUCUCGGACCUCACCACAAUGAAAUGGCGCUUCAAGAACACGGACGCGGUAUUUGAGCUUCGCAGAAAAGACAUAUACACUUACACACCGGGCAAACAGACUAGUGUUUUGCAAGAGUCUCGCUGGCAUGCAAUCUACUACUACCCUGAAUGGGAUAACCUGAUGGGUCAAUUCGCCAACGUCAAACCUGGAGAGAACGUCAGGUGGGUCAAGACCCUUGCGACGUUCUUUCCGGAAGACGAGGAAGACACUGGUCUUGCACUGCCCAAAGGGUUUCAGAACUUCAUCACCGAGGUCGAGGAAGUCCAGGAUCGUUUGGCUGAGGCCAUCAGUCUGCUUGCGAAGGGCAAAAAUGCGGUGGCGACGAAAGGAGCUACAAACGAAGCUGCGAAUAGAACAGACUGA